UACCUCUUUCCUUACACUACUUGUUUUUCUGUGGUUCUUGUCUUUGUGUUUCCGUAUCUUUAGCGCUUUCGGGAUGUCUGGACGCGGUAAGCAAGGAGGAAAAGCUCGCGCCAAAGCUAAGUCUCGCUCUUCUCGCGCUGGCCUGCAGUUCCCCGUCGGUCGCGUACACCGCCUGCUCCGCAAAGGCAACUACGCGGAGCGCGUGGGCGCCGGAGCCCCGGUGUACCUGGCGGCCGUGCUCGAGUACCUGACGGCCGAGAUCUUGGAGCUGGCGGGCAACGCGGCGCGCGACAACAAGAAGACGCGCAUCAUCCCGCGCCACCUGCAGCUGGCCAUCCGCAACGACGAGGAGCUCAACAAGCUGCUGGGCAAGGUGACGAUCGCGCAGGGCGGCGUGCUGCCCAACAUCCAGGCCGUGCUGCUGCCCAAGAAGACCGAGAGCCACCACAAGGCCAAGGGCAAGUGAUUUGAUAGACAUCUGAGUUUCCGGAAACCACACUAAACCCAAAGGCUCUUUUCAGAGCCCCCACUAUUUCAAAUGAAGAGCUAAAAACACUAGCUAAUUCUAAGAUACCGAAGAUUUAUCCCAUUCCAGCAUCACUUCUACAGUCCAAAGUAUCAUCUGUAUCAUCUAAGAUACACAUGAAGCUCAAAGUACAAUUCAGCCUGAGUGAAAAUCCUUUCUACCUGUGAACCUGUAAAACCAGAAAUGUUUUAUGCUUCUAGAAUACAAUUAUGAAACAGACAUUGUCUAGAUCUUUCUAUCCCAAAGGGACAGAUAGGAAAGAAGCAACGGAUGAUGGGUUCUCUGUAAGGCCACGAACUGAAGGGUAAAACCCAUUAGCUGUUAUAUCUGGAGAAUAAGCCUCCUUGGCUCAGUGUCCUGCCUUUGAGGCCCACUGGGGUGGCAGUAACAUCCAUGGCUCUGUGUGCAACCUGCCCCUUCUUUUCUGAGGACCCUACUCCUCCAUUUUGCAGUGUGUCCUUCUGAUCGCUCUACAGGGACUGGCCCCUACAUACCUCAGCAAUGUGGAGAUGGAGAUAGAUCACCAUUCCUUCCCUCCAAUCUCUUCCACCCUGUCUGUCCACUCACAGCCUGAGGUGGAAGUGAAAGCCACAAUGAUCUCUGCAUUGCCUUUGGGUCCCUUCUUCCUUUCUUCUUAAGGACAGUACACAUUUAUAGUUGGAUAACUCUAAGGUUUUGUCUUCUAGGAUCAAGAAAGUCUGAAAACCUUCCUUC